CUACACCGCCUUACUUUCCUCCUCUAUUUCCUCCACGCUAUCCCGAUCAACAUCCUCGGCUACUUUGCCAUUUCCUUCCCUUACCGCCACAUACCUUAUUAAUACCGCUAUUUUUAGACACUAAUGAAGCUACUUCCCCUAAAUGGCAGCCUCGUCCAAGCCUAUGUUGGCCCUAGCAGUGGCUGGGUACCUCGUUUAUGCAGUGUGUAGCAGCGCGCAGCCAUUGGAGCAGCCCUGGUGAGCUUGCACGGCCUGAGGACCCUCCCAGCACAGUUAAGCCAGCUGGCCACGGAGCAAUCCGCGGCGUCAACAUUGGCGGCGUAUUCCUGAUUGAGGCAUUCAUCAAGCCCAGUCUCUUCGAUCAGUUCUCGCACAUGAGCGACGCAGAAAUGCCGGAGCUUGGCAAGGAAGAAGCCAAGCGGCAGCUCGAGGAGCACUGGGACACAUUUGUCACCCGGGAUCAUCUCGAGAAGUUGGUUGAGGUUGGAAUCAACUGGAUCCGGAUUCCGGUCGGAUACUGGGCAUUCAACCUUACCCGCGAGGAGCCGUACGUGGACGGCCAGCUGCCGUACAUUGAGCGCAUGCUGGGGUGGUCGCGCGAUCUCGGCCUCAAGGUGCAGCUUGAUUUGCAUGGCGUGCCGGGCUCGCAGAAUGGAUUCGAUAACUCGGGUCGCCGCGGCAACACCACAUGGCUCGACCAGCGUGUCAACAUCGACCGUGCCAUGGAUGUGCUGACCAAGCUGGCCGACAUGGCAAACAAGUGGCCGGAUGUUGUGUAUGCGAUUGAGGCGAUCAACGAGCCGUCCAAAUACAGCACGCCGCUGGAAAAGGUCCGCUCAUUCUACGAGGAGGCGUAUACGACAGUGCGCAAUAUCGCGCCUGACCUGAUGUUCAUGACCCAUGAUACAUUCGCUGAUACAUACGAGUGGAAUGUGCUGGUCAACACGACCUGGGAGAACCACGUCAUGGACUCGCACCUCUACCAGAUGUUCAACGAGUGGGUGGUGACGUUCAACGAAUCCACCCACAUCAAUUUGGUGUACGAUACCGCAAAAAACAUCACCAUCUUCGACAACACCACUAGGCGCGUCGUUGUCGGCGAGUUCUCGCCGAACUGCCCAACCACAAACUGCACGUGCACCGGCAACUACGGAUCAGACUACACGCAGUUCACGGACGAGUACAAGGCGUUCCUGAAGAAUUACAUGGACGCACAGCUUGAUGUAUAUGAUGGCCAGCUGUUGGGCUGGUUCUACUGGAACUUCCGCACCGAAGGUGCCCCCGAGUGGGACUAUCUUCUCGGAGUCGAGCAGGGGUGGAUCCCAAAGUUCCCGCGCACGGCCUUCCCCAAGGGCUCCGACAACUCUGCCGGCAGCAGCAGCUCUGCCGAGCACGGGUUUGUGCUGCAAUCGAUCGGAAUACUUGCCUUGGCAAUACUAGUCCUCUUUUAGAUCUCCUUAAUCAUUCACCCACUGAAACGCUUCAGAGAAUCUUCGGGCCUCGGCUCGAGGCCUGGCGAUGGAAUGCCUGCGUGUACUUUUCGGCCAGCCUGUGCCACUGCGAUCUUGGCCAGGCGAGUAUUGUGGAGUAGGGUAAGCCGGAACUCUUGGUGGGUGGUUUUUGCACUUUUGCUGCAUACAUUUUUCGGGUGAC